AUGUGGGGAGCAGCGGCCGCCCCGUGCCUGCUGCCCGCUGCCUGGCUCCUGGCGCUGCACGCAGGGCCGGGACGCGGCGCCCGCUGUCUCCCCACGUCCCCAGGUCUGCUGGCGGGCGUGAACAUCACCAGCCCAUCGGCGCUGGUGCGCGGCACGGCAGGCAAGGCGGCGCUGCUGUCGGUGCGCUACGCCAGCGCCAGCCCCGACAAGCCGGUGGUGAAGUGGCAGCUGAAGCGGGACAAGCCUGUCACCGUCGUCCAGUCCAUCGGCACCGAGAUCAUCGGCAACCUGCGGCCUGACUACCGUGACCGCAUCCGCGUGCUGGAGAACGGCUCGCUGCUCAUCAGCCCGCUGCAGCUGGCUGAUGAGGGUGCCUAUGAGGUGGAGGUCUCCAUCACCGAUGACACCUUCACCGGCGAGAAGACCAUCAACCUCACCGUGGACAUCCCCAUCUCAAAGCCGCAAGUGCUGGUGGCCUCCUCGACGGUGCUGGAGCUCAGCGAGUUCUUCACCCUCAACUGCUCACAUGAGAACGGCACCAAGCCCACUUACACCUGGCUGAAGGAUGGGCGGCCGCUGAGCAACGACUCCCGCCUUCUCCUCUCCCCCGACCAGAAGAUCCUCACCAUCACCCGCGUCCUCAUGGCCGAUGACGAUGUCUACAGCUGCCUGGUGGAGAACCCCAUCAGCCAUGGCCGCAGCAUCCCCGUGAAGCUCACUGUCUACCGCCGGAGCUCCCUCUACAUCAUCCUCUCCACGGGCGGCAUCUUCCUCCUUGUAACCCUGGUGACUGUUUGUGCCUGCUGGAAACCAUCUAAGAAACCAAAGCAGCAAGCGGAGCCACCCCCCCCCGACUACACUGAGCAGGAUGAGGAGCACCCCAAGCACGAGGCUGACACCAUCCCGCGCGGCACCGACCACGACCGCAAGACCCCGCUGGCCCUGUACAUCCUCAAGGAGCAGGACACCCCAGCACCCCAGGAGGAUUCACCACCGCCCGCCGGGCGCUCGCCGGGGCGAGGGGCUCGCCGCUACCACCGCUCGCCUGCCCCCGCCCGCCCUCCCCGCUCACCCCCCGGCUCACCCGCGCGCUCCCGCACCGCCCCACGCCUUCUGCGGGCCACCGGUGUCCCUGCCAUCCGGGAGCAGGAGGAAGGCAGCGCCCUGGAGAUCAGUGCCUGA